UUGACUUUGACAUAUUUGGUUUGGUAUUAAUUUUCAGAAUUAUGAAAGUUAUUUAAAGGAGACUAAAUAAAAAUGGAUUAUAAUUCCUUAAGGAAAAUUUCGAAAGUUAGAUCAAUAUUUACAUCCUAUUGUCGUUUUUACUCUGCUCAACAACUGAAAAAAAAGUUACCUAUAAUAUCUUGUAAACGUCCGGAAUUUAACCAUUUCGAAGGCCAAACAUAUAGCAAGUUUGAAGGCGUGAAACUUGCCUCCCAGGGCUGGUUACAUCGUAAAUCUAAAGGCGAUUACUUUAUAAUCCAUGGAAAUGCUAACAAAAAAGAAGUAGAAAAUGUUUAUAAAAAGAGUUUUGAAGAAAUCGGCGUAAAAGAUGACUUGAUACAGGUUAUGUCUGAUCAAGGUAUAACUUUGCCGACUGCUAUUCAAGCGAAGGCAAUACCCUCUAUUUUAAACGGUCAUAAUACUGUUGUGACUGCUGAAACUGGUUGCGGUAAGACGUUGGCAUAUUUGUUGCCCAUUUUUCAACACAUUUUGGAAUGGAAACAGCAUAUUCCAGAGGAGUUCAAUAGUCCGUUGGCUGUUGUGAUUACACCCAGUAGAGAACUUGCUAAUCAAAUAACUGAAGUAGCACAGUCUAUAGCUGAGCAAUUAAAUGUGAAUGUCACUGGGCUCAUUGGAGGACGCACCAAGCAGAAGAUGCUGGACCCUCCGAUAGAGUAUUGUGAUAUGCUCAUCACAACGCUAGGAGCCUACAGCAAACUGGUUACAACUGGCAUCUACAAGGUGCAUAAUGUACAUCAUGUGGUUUUGGAUGAAGCUGACACAUUAUUGGAUGACAGUUUUAUUGGAAAGUUAUCGAAUCUGCUGAAGAAAUUUUCUAUUCAAUACAAAGUGGAAAUAACUACACCGCCACAUGGGUGUCAGGUGACCCUCGUUAGUGCCACGAUGCCACAUGAGCUACCUGAGAGUGUCAGCUCAUUUGUAUCUCCUGACUCGCUGAAGACUGUUACCACUUCCAACAUCCACAGAAUAAUGCCUCAUGUACCCCAAAAAUUUCUCCGGCUAGGCAAAGCGCAAAAACCAGGUGAACUAUUGAAACUAGUCCAAGCAGAUGUGAACCAAAAUCGUCCUGUGAUGGUAUUCUCCAACCAGACGUCCACAUGUGAUUUUGUUUCCAUGUUUCUCAACGAGAACAACAUUGAGUGCAUCAAUAUAAAUGGACAGAUGGCGGUGCCAUUGAAAUUGGGGAAGUUUGAUAUGUUUAGAAGUGGGAAAGUUAAUGUCCUAUCAUGCACCGAUAUUGCUUCUCGAGGUUUGGAUACAUUACGGACCCAACAUAUAAUCAACUAUGAUUUUCCCCUCUACACCGCUGAUUACAUCCAUCGAUGCGGACGAACUGGCAGGAUUGGCUCACCAGAGAACUGUACUGUUACAAAUUUCAUAGCCUGGCCGAGGGAAAUACAGAUGGUGCAGAAAAUUGAAACGGCCGUGAGGAAGCAUAGCGAGCUGCCAAACGUGAACGCUAAUAUUAAGAGGCUCAUUGACGAUAGAAUAGCGAGGAUGGUGGACAGGGGGAUAGUGAGUAGUGUGGCCUAAGUGUACGAUAUUGGCCUAUUUAAGAUUAUUCUCCAGGGGAGAGACCUUUAUAAAAGGUUCAUAUUUGUCGAUUGUCUAUGAUAACAUGGCACGUCCCUCCAAAAUUUAAAUAAUUUAAAAUGUGCAAGUAAAAAUAAUUAUAAGGUUUCGACCAAGGAAUAUAAUACUCUGGUUGGACCCCUACUGAAGACGUUUCCUCACAAACACAGUACCACGUCUGUAUAUAGUCACUUAUAUUAAAGUAAAAGGUUGAACUUACGUGCUAUGUCAAUGUAGACUAUCUUUAUAUACUUUCAAAUAUUUUCGAAUAUCUGUAAGCUCCGUUCGUAGCCUGGGGUGGGCAUCAGACAACCUGAGGUGGGCACGGUCCACCCAGUCCCCUUUUAUGUACGUCUAAACUGGGACGUGGUAUGUCCAUAUGAGGUGAAAACGUGAAUAUUAGUAGGCAUGAUGAAGUCUAACCUUAUUCAUAAAAAAAAUAAUCAUCUUUUAAACUUAUUUUAUAGUCCGUACGUUAUAGUAUGGUGCAAUUGAAAUUGUGCUGCCAUUAUUUUUUUUUUAUUUAUUUCUCAUUGCAUUACAUAAUGUAGUUAGUAGAUAGUAUUCUAGUAGUUUUAUUGAAUAACAAAACCGUAACGAAGUUUUUGGAAUCUUAAUUAAUGAUUUUUUUACGAUCUGGAAGGUCUGUAACAAAGUCUUAUCGGACUCCGAAAUACGAAGCAAGUCACAAUAAUUUUUUUAAUGAUUUUUUUAAUUAAUUUUGCAGUGAUUUUUUUUUUACAACAGGGGGCAAACGAGCAUGCGGCUUACCUGAUGGUAAGUGACUACCGCCGCCCAUGGUCGUUGAUGGAGGAAUCAAUUUAGCGAUUUGUAAUCUCUCUCAUGCUAUAACGGACGGAGUUGUAGCUACUAAAAUGUUCUGUCUUUUUUAUUUGAAAUAAAUUUAGAGGGAGACUUUGUACGAAAGUCGUCUGCUUGCGUACCUCUGUUCCAUUCGUGUUUCUAUUCUGAAGCAGUUGUGUUUGCAUGGCUGUGUUUCGGUUUGAAGGGUAGGAUUAGGCAGUGAUUUUACAGGGCACAGAGGAAUAACACCUUAGUCGUCAGGAAUGGCAAUGCAUGGGGUGCAUCAUAGACAAAAGAGUAUAUUCUGUUAUGUCCAUGGUACUGCUCAUGUCUAUAAGUGACGGUUACCACUUUUCAUCAGGUGGACCGUCAGCUUGUUUGCCAGUUUGCCAUUCUAGUUGAAUAAAAUAAAUGAAUAAAAAAUGAUAAAACAUUAUAAUAGUUAAAGUAGGUUUGUAAAUGAUUUUAGUUUUUAUGAAUAAGCCUCAUGAUCGGUUAUUAUUAUGUAAAUCAGUAAACGUCAGAAAAUUUAUAUUGUAAAUAAAAUAAAUAUAAAUAUAAUACUUAUGAAAGAGUGAAAAUAAAUUUUUACAAACA